GGUAAAGAAAGUAUUAGGCCCAGAGAGGAGGAAGCGGGAGCGUGCAGAGGGCAAAGAGGCCCUUGAGAGCUGCUCUCUACAAAACAUGUAUUGUGGCGAAAGGCGUGGGAGUCCCAGAGCCAUGGCCUCAGAGGCACCGUCCGGAUUGUCUCUUCUCUGGGAUAGAGUGGAAAGAGCUGCCGGGCAGCCCAAUCAGGAUCUGUUGCCCUUCCAGGGUCUGGUGACCUUUGAGGAGGUGGCCGUGUAUUUCACAGAGGAGGAAUGGGCCCUGCUGGAUCCCGACCAAAGAGCUCUGCACAGGGAAGUCAUGGAGGAGAAUUAUGAGACGGUGGCCUCUCUCGAGUCGGACCUCCAUUCGUGUUGGGAAGAAAGAAAAGAUCCCUUUAUCCAGUAUCCCAAAGAUGCGACAUCAACAGAUUAA